CCCCUUCUUUGUAGAUUUAGAUUUAAGUCAUUGAGAGCAGAGGACGAGGGGUUGGAAGGUAGAGCGUACGGAGAAAAACUGUAGACGAAAGUAGCUCUUGCGUAGCUUUGCUUUUUUUUUUACUUUUUUUUUCCCUUGGUCCCACCGCGGAGGAGCCCGAUGGUUGGCUAGCUUUCAAGAUGCUUCCUCCCCGACACCACCGCUUCAGUGAGCCUUGAUCUGGGCAGGCCAGAAACAGGAAUCCCUUCCCUUCCACGCUUUCCUUCAAUUUCCUCAAAUCUCGUAUCUAGGGCACCCCCUCCUCUCGACCGCUGCCUCUCAUCCAGGUAAUGCAAGACAUGGAGCAAUGGAUGCAUAAGAUUGAACAAUGGAUGCAUAAUAUUGAACAAUGGGUUCGUCAGCAGCCAGUAGAGCAGUUCUAUGCUGCUCUUGCUGUUCUCAUUGUGACUUUUGCUUUCUUUGCCGUCCUCCGAUUAUUGAAGCCUGCCAAGUCUAAUACCAUAGUGCUUGCUGGAUUAAGUGGCAGUGGAAAAACAGUUCUCUUUUACCAGCUCCGUGAUGGCUCUUCACAACAAGGUACCAUUACAUCAAUGGAACCGAAUGAGGGUACUUUUAUGCUGCAUUCUGAAAUGGAAAAGAAGGGCAAACUGAAACCCAUCAAUUUGGUUGAUGUUCCUGGGCAUUCACGGCUUAGACCCAAACUUGAUGAAUUCUUGCCUCAUGCAGCUGGUCUCAUUUUCGUUGUGGAUGCUUUAGAUUUCUUACCAAACUGUCGAGCAGCUGCUGAGUAUCUGUAUGAUAUUCUGACUAAAGCAAGCAUCGUGAAGAGGAAAGUCCCCAUUUUGAUUUUAUGCAACAAGACAGAUAAAGUGACGGCACACUCCAAGGAAUUCAUCAGGAAACAAUUAGAGAAGGAAAUAGACAAGCUUCGUACGUCAAGAAAUGCCCUAUCCACUGCUGAUAUUGCCAACGAACAUACGCUUGGGGUGCCUGGAGAGCCAUUUGCCUUCUCCCAGUGCCGAAACAAGGUGACAAUAACAGAUGCAUCUGGUUUGACUGGUGAGGUCUCUCAGGUGGAGCAGUUCAUCAGAGAGCAAGUGAAGCCCUAGCGUUUGGUUUUUUAGCCUUCUUUUUUUUGAACUUGCAGAAUUGAUGGUUUAAAGAAAAAUAAAAAUGUUUAGCUGGUUUCAUGAUGAUUGUUGAUUGCAGACUCUUGCCUUCUCAGUGUCACAUUUGAUUAUUGUUCAGACUGCUUGUCUCCCCAUUCGAUUUGCUA